UAACACCAAACAACAGUCGGUGAAGUAGUACUAACUAUCAUCUGACAACCGAUAGUCUUCGCGUAUUUUGGAAUGUCACUGUUUAGUGAUGCCUGGAAUCAGCACGAACGUGACAUGGAUUUGGCACUGGGCAUCCUACCACACAUAACAUCUCAGUUCUUCGUCCCUCGAAUGGUCGACAAACCUCAAGACCCCAUUGUGCAUGCAAUUGAUAGGGAGAAUGCUACAACUCUAGAAAAAUGCCAUACGCGUGAUUUUGACUCAAGAGAUAUUGCUCGCGCUCGAGAUAUUCCUGCACUUCCCUCGUUGUCACCAGAGGUGCUAUGGGCAAAUUCAGUCACCAGUGGUGAUCAUCGUUCAGAUCAAGUUGUCUCUUGGGAUGUUCUUCGCCAAUCAUUCCCUGACCGUUCAUACAACACUCCUUUCUUGACUGAACAGUCCUCCGAUGUAUCAGCUUCAGCACAAUACCACACGCAACCUUUUCCGUUUGGCCUGCGAGUAAAUGUAGUCUGUGUGAAUGAACUUGAGCUGCUCGAUUCGUUGAGAAUGACAGUUCUCGGAACCUCGUCUUUUCUGCAUACGUGGGAUCCAGUUUCGGAGACGUUCUUAUCAUCCGGAGGCGCAGAAAAUAUGCUAAACAAGCUGAUUAUCAGUGGUAAGGAUGAGACGAUGAGCAGUAGUCUCCUAAAGCGAUUUUUAGACAUUGGUACUUUGAUGCGACGCUUGGAGGUAUUCCUCAGUGUUUUACGAACACGACGCAAAGAGGAAAGCGAAACGGUCCAUGCUUUCUCUCAUGCGCUCUCUGUGGUGCUCGUCUAUCUACGUAACCAGCUUUCUCGUGGGCCCCUAUCUAACUUCUGCAUCCCUGUCUCUUCAAAGACCCUAUCUGGAACAUGGUUAUAUUAUGAGGGUUUUGAAGAAAUUGUCGUCUCUCUAGCGUCACUUUGCCAAAGGGGCCUUGGACUGUCUCCCUCGCGAUAUCCGCGAUUCACGAUGAAACCAGUGGCUUUACUUUCUCGAAUAUACAAAUAUCUCGAUACCCAUUUUCGUAAAUUGUCUUCCCGGACUUUGAUUGCUGUGUUUGCUUAUCUCCUCACAAUGACCUCAAAAAACUACUUGCAGGCAUUGUGUCGCUCAGUUGCCUACGCUGACAGCAAUAACCAACUGGCAGCAACAAGUCAGCAGCCUCAGCGGACUGCAAUUGGUCCUUUGGACCUCGAAGACUUCGAUCAGGCGUCGCCCGAGGAUGAUGGAGUUCUCUUUGCUGAAGAUGAUGAAUUGCCGUCGUUUAUACCACGCGAUUUGGUGGAUGCAUUGCCAGCCGCUCAAAAAUCUCUCAAAUUGCUCGCUGCCGCAAAACCCGGUCAUCCUAUACUAAAUCCCCCGGUGCAACGGCCGUUCAUUACUUGGGUCUGGUCAACCAGAGACAUUGAAUACUUAUGGAGAACGGGGUCUUUUGACGAGGCCGGUGAUGUGGCGCCAACUAUCAGCUCUCACAGUUCCCCUGAUCUAUCUUCGGCUGAUGCUAAUCUCCAUGGAUGCGACUACCAGCCCGACCUCGUCGGUUUUCGAGUUUUCGACCUGGAGCCUGGCUCAAACGGAGAUGAUACAUUUAAUGAGCACUCGAUGCACGCUGCAUUGGAAAGCUUCAUCUUGUCCUUUCCACCCGUCCUUCCUUCAAUCACCCCGAGCCUGAGUCUCCUGACUAGCCUAGUUUUUUCUCCGCUCAUCUCACACGCCGCCUCCCUUUCUAAUGCACUGUUAUCGAUAUUUCUGGACCAGAACUCGUUCCUCUACGUACAUGACCAUCUGGUUCUGCUUCGUUCACAUAUGCUCCUGACCUCUCCAUUAUUCAAAUCACGACUUACAGCUGCUUUGUUCUCUGACACCGAUGACCGCGAGGUUGUUGCUGGAGGCGGAAAAUUAUUUGCACUGUCCCGGCAGAGGAGCAGAUCUGCCGCUGGUGUGGCUCAACAUGGCACCAGUCGUUGGGCUGUCGGCUUAGCUCCGUUCUUGACAGAGCGAGGGACAUGGCCUCCUGGGGGUGCCGACCUUAGCUUUUUCUUGAGAACAGUCAUCGUGGACUCUCAGGACACGUGUUCAUUUGGCCCCGAUGAUAGCAAGGAGCAUGAACUUGGAUCGAGGCGCAUAGCACAAGAAGCUGAAGUUCGUCUUGGGUUCGCCAUCAGAGACCUCUCCAGCGAUACGGGACGUGAACGAUGGCUCAACCCACUUUACAUCGAGGCAUUAGACUUUCUGUAUCUUGACUACAAAGUUCCUCAUCCUUUGGAUGUUAUUAUCACACCAGGGACUACAUCCAAAUACCAAAGGAUCUUCUCGUUCCUUUUACGUGUGAUCAGAGUGGAAUCUGCCAUUCGAGCGGCUUUUCGCAUGACACAUCAGAAUGUACUUUUUCCGACCUUCAACCAAUCUAGGAAACUCCUCACUCAUUUCCGCUUCGUGGCGCAUUCAUUCGUAAAUGCCCUCUCCACGUAUAUAUCUGAUGUGGCAAUCGGGGGCAACUUCGACGCAUUCCUGGCUCGAGUCACUGCAUGUCGUUUGGGAACAAGCUCCGAGUUUACUGAUGUCUUUUCGCUCGCCGACGCUCACUCCGCUGUCUUGAACGACAUCCUCAGUGCUUGUUUGAUGCGCUCAGCCCAACAAGCAGCUGGUGACCUUCUUCGUGGGAUCCUAGAACUUAUCCUAGAACUCUGCGUUAUGAUCGGUGACCUCAACGACGGGCAGUUGCAAGAGUACCAAGCGUCAUUAACUCUUGAUGCACUCUUUGCUGCAUUUCGCAAUAAAAUGUCGACUAUGAUCAAAGUCCUAGAGGUCCUGUUGGAGAAGGAUUUGAAAUCAUCGCAACGUCAGGAACUCUUGCUUGCAUUACAGGCACAAAGCGAUGUUUGCCACGCCCCUGGUGGGGUGGAGGCGUUACGCCACCUCACAUUACGCCUGGACAUCAACGAAUGGUGGAAGAACUUGAACUCGUAAAAUGAUUGCGGUCUAAUGAAGUAUGCAGUGAUUACCUAAUGUUAUGAGAUGUGUAGUAUGAAUUCCUGUAUCGUAUAAAACAUAACCAUAAAAAAAACACUAGUCAUAAGAAAUAAAUAGCGCAAAGGUUAGAGCGCUGAAUGGCUACAUAGUAACACUGGGGCAACGAAGAUAAUUUGCUUUGAGGUA